AUGAAUUCAUCAUCUCCCAUAUCGAUUGAUCUCAUCGCUGAGAUAUUGUCGAGAGUGCCUUCAAAGUCAGUCGCCAGGUUUCGUUGUGUGUCGAAGCCAUGGGCAUCAAUGAUACGUCGUCCAUAUUUCACGGAGUUGUUCUUGACCAGGUCAUCGCCUAAGCCGUGCAUCUUAUUCGCCACGGUAGCAGACGGUGUGUGGAGCUUCUUCUCGUUGCCUCAGUAUCCAUAUGAAAAGUCCUCGUCGGCUUCUGUAGCAGCAUCAGCCAAAUUUCAUGUGAAGUUCCCUCCAAACAAUAUGCGCAUCGGUCAUAAUAGUGAUCGACGAUAUUUUUCAUAUGGUUACACCUCUGGUUUGAUCUAUUUAUAUGGUGAUUCGUCCGACGAUAGAUCUGUGAUAUGUAACCCCUACACAGGAGAGUAUGCAAUCUUACCUUAUUUGCAACGUUACAGAAAGACGUAUAGCUUUUUGGUGUUUGAACCGAUUGAGAAGCAAUUCAAGAUAUUGUUCAUGGCUUAUCUAUCUGGUGAUCGUGAUCAUAAAAUCCUUACAGUAGGAACUGGAAAUAUGAAGUGGAGAACCAUAAGAUGUUCCUUGAGAUAUGAAAUUGUGAGUGAAGGGGUAUCCAUUAAUGGGGUAUUGUAUUACUUAGGCGAAACGUCCGCUUGGGAUAAUAAAGAUUAUGAUUUAAAGUAUGAUUAUGCGAUAGUUUGCUUUGAUAUUAGGUCUGAAAAAUUCAUUUUUUUUGAGAUAGAAAGGUUUUGUAGAUUGAUAAACUAUAAGGGUAAAUUAGCGGUAAUUUAUUUCGAGGAUGAUGUCAACUAUCAAUCGUGUCUUUAUCGUAAGAAGAAUUAUGUAGAACCUGAUGCCAUUAAUAAGUUGAAUGUGUGGGUUCUAGAGGAUGUAGAGAAACAGGAAUGGUAGAAAUAUGCCUACACUUGGACCGAUGAUAUAUUCUUUCGUCGUCGUGAGGUUUCCGUUGCUCCAACGACUGCUGCUUGGGGUGACAUAGUCUUUUCGAUGUGUGAGUAUACUCCUGGACAACCAUUUUAUGUUUUCUACUUCAAUCCCGAAAAGAGCACUCUCCAACGUGUUGAAAUCCAAGGUUUUGGUGAAGGCGUUUGUAGCGUUUACACCUUUGUAGACGACGUAGAAGAUCUUAAUGUUAAGGAUUUAAAAAUACUCAAGCCAUCCAAUGCUCCAUUUGAGAAGACAGAAGAUUCAGAAUAUGAAGAAGAAUAUGAAGAAGAAGAUGGAGACGAUGGUUGGUCUUAG